AAAACCAAUCAAAUCAACAGCUAGUACGAGCCAGUGUAGCUGCCAGGCAAAAACACAUUGUACACGAUGGCUUGAAGAGGACACCUAACACAUGUCGUGGACAUUAUUAAUCCAGUUAUUAAACAUAUAUGCAAACAGCAUUGGCACUUGUGACGCCAUUGUGUUAACUUCUAAAAGUUUAAACCAAAAAGGUGACCCAUUGCCGUCAUCAUGGACACCACAACCUCUCUGAAGAUGACCACCCUGGCCAUCCAGAGCCUGUUCAGCUACGUGGAAGAUGAGAACCUGGCCGCCAUCAAGCUCCACCUGGACAAGUUCCGGGAGGUGGACAGUCGCAGCGAGAACGGCCAGACUCCUCUGAUGGUGGCUUCAGAGCAAGGAAACAUAGAGAUAGUGAAGGAGCUCAUCAGGAGAGGAACUAAUGUCAACCUGGAUGACGUGGACUGUUGGACGGCUCUGAUCUCGGCUGCCAAGGAAGGACACGUGGAGGUGGUGAAGGAGCUGCUGGAGAACCAUGCCAACCUGGAGCACAGAGACAUGGGGGGCUGGAGUGCCCUCAUGUGGGGGGCCUACAAGGGCCGGGUCACCGUGACCCAGAUCCUCCUGGAGAAGGGAGCCAACCCCAACAUCACUGGCCAGCAGUACAGUGUCUACCCCAUCAUCUGGGCUGCAGGACGAGGCCACGCGGACAUCGUCCACCUCCUGCUGCGGUACGGCGCCAAGGUCAACUGCUCUGACAAAUACGGCACCACUCCUCUGAUCUGGGCCGCUAGGAAGGGUCACUAUGACAGUGUGAUGCACCUGCUGAUGAACGGCGCAGAUGUGGACCAGGAGGGAGCGAACUCGAUGACGGCUCUGAUUGUGGCGGUGAAGGGGGGCUUCACUGAGGUGGUGAAGGAGCUUCUGAAGAGGAACCCCAACGUCAACAUGACCGACAAGGACGGCAACACAGCCCUGAUGAUCGCUGCUAAAGAGGGCUACACGGAGAUCGUGCAGGACCUGCUGGACGCAGGCACCUACGUCAACAUCCCAGACAGGAGUGGAGAAACUGUGCUGAUCGGAGCCGUGAGAGGAGGCCAUGUGGAGAUCGUCAGAGCCCUGCUCAACAAAUACGCCGAUAUUGACGUCAGAGGACAGGAUGGUAAGACUGCCCUCUACUGGGCGGUGGAGAAGGGCAACGCCACCAUGGUGAGAGACAUCCUGCUGUGUAACCCCGAUACUGAGAGCUGCACCAAGGAUGCAGAGACCCCUCUGAUCAAAGCCACCAAGAUGAGGAACAUUGAGAUUGUGGAGCUGCUCCUGGACAAAGGGGCCAAGGUAUCCGCUGUGGACAAGAAAGGAGAUACGGCCCUCCACAUCGCCAUCCGGGGGCGGAGCCGCAAGCUAGCUGAGCUCCUCCUGCGUAACCCUAAAGAUGGCCGUCUGCUGUACCGGCCCAACAAGGCCGGGGAGACGCCCUACAACAUCGACUGCACCCACCAGAAGAGCAUCCUCACCCAGAUCUUUGGAGCCAAGCACCUGUCUCCUUCUGAGUCUGAUGGGGACAUGCUGGGGUAUGACCUGUACAGCAGCGCCCUGGCGGACAUCUUGAGUGAGCCCACCAUGCAGCCUCCCAUCUGCGUGGGCCUGUACGCCCAGUGGGGCAGCGGCAAGUCCUUCCUGCUCAAGAAGCUGGAGGAUGAGAUGAAGACGUUUGCGGGCCAGCAGGUGGAGCCACUGUUCCAGUUCUCCUGGCUGGUGGUGUUCCUCACCAUGCUCCUGUGCGGUAGUGUGGCCCUGGUCCUCGGCUUCACCGUCGACCCCAAGCUGACCAUCGCCGUCUCCCUCAGCCUCCUGGCCCUGAUCUACAUCUUCUUUGUGCUGGUGUACUUCGGGGGCCGGCGGGAGGGCGAGAGCUGGAACUGGGCCUGGGUGCUGAGCACCCGGCUGGCUCGCCAAGUGGGAUACCUGGAGCUGCUGCUCAAGCUCAUGUUUGUCAACGCCCCCGAGCUGCCGGAGCAGACCACCCGCGCCCUGCCUGUCAGAUUCCUGUUCACAGACUACAACCGUCUGUCCAGUGUGGGAGGGGAGACGUCCAUGGCAGAGAUGGUGGCCACCCUCUCAGAUGCCUGUGAGAGGGAGUUUGGCUUCAUGGCCACCAGGCUCUUCAGAGUCUUCAAGAACGAUGAGAACCAAGGUAAGAAGUGGAAGAAGACCUGCUGCGUUCCGUCCUUCGUGCUCUUCGUGGUCACCCUGGGCUGUCUCAUCACAGGCAUGGCCCUCCUCGCCAUCUUCAAAGUGGACGGUGCCAACCUGACGGUGAAUGCCGUGCUCAUCGCCAUGGCGAGCGUGGUGGGGCUGGCGCUGGUGCUGAACCUCCGCACCUGGUGGCAGGUUGCUGACUCGGUGCUCAACUCCCAGAGGAAGAGGCUGCACAGCGCCGCCAACAACAUGCACAAGCUGAAGAGCGAGGGCUUCAUGAAGGUGUUGAAGCAUGAGGUGGAGCUGAUGUCCAAGAUGGCCAAGACCAUCGACGGCUUCACCCAGAACCAAACACGCAUGGCGGUCAUCAUUGAUGGACUGGAUGCCUGCGAACAGGACAAAGUUCUGCAGAUGCUUGACACGGUGAGGGUGCUGUUCUCCAAGGGGCCCUUCAUCUCCAUCUUUGCCAGCGACCCCCACAUCAUCAUCAAGGCCAUCAACCAGAACCUGAACAGCGUGUUGCGUGACUCCAACAUCAACGGCCACGACUACAUGAGGAACAUCGUCCACCUGCCUGUGUUCCUGAACAGCAGGGGCCUCAGCACUGCCAAGAAGCUGUGUCUGGCUGCCUCCACCAACGGAGACCUGGCCGGAGCAGAGGGCUGGAACGAGGACUUUGACAGGAAGCUGUCCCAGAACAGCCUGGGAGAUCAGGCCAAGUUUGGCAGCAAGAAUGCCCUCAACCGUAGGGACACGUAUCGUCGUCGUCAGAUGCAGAGGACGGUGACCAGACAGAUGUCGUUUGACCUGACCAAGCUGCUGGUGACGGAGGACUGGUUCAGUGACAUCAGCCCCCAAACCAUGAGGAGGCUUCUCAACAUCGUCUCUGUCACAGGUCGCCUGCUGAGAGCCAAUCAGAUCAUCUUUAACUGGGACCGCCUGGCGUCGUGGAUCAACCUGACAGAGGAGUGGCCGUACAGGACAUCCUGGCUCAUCCUGUUCCUGGAGGAAACAGACGGCAUCUCUGACCAAAUCACCCUCAAGACCAUCUACGAGAGGAUCUCCAAGAACAUCCCUACCACCAAGGACGUGGAGCCCCUGCUGGAGAUCGACGGAGACAUCCGGAGUUUCGAGGUCUUCCUGUCCUCCCGGACACCCGUCCUGACGGCCCGCGACGUGGAGAUGUUCCUGCCCUGCACCGUCAACCUGGACCCCAAGCUCAGGGAGAUCAUCGCAGACGUCCGCGCUGCCAGGGAGCAGAUGCACAUUGGAGUGACCUAUCCCACGAUGCCCCUGCAGGAGGCCCCGCCCCGCGCCCCCUCCAUCUACGGCCAGCACUCGUCGGCCUGCUCCCCCACCGGCUCCUUUGUGGGCUCCAUGCCCCCUCCAGGGGUGAUGCCCCCCCAGCCACACAGCAGCUAUUUCAGUGGCAUGACCGGACCCCAGCACCCCUUCUACAACCGGCCAUACUUCCCCCACCAUGUCUAUCACCUGCCAAGGCAGUGCGCCGGCCCCUCCCUCCUCCAUGCCCCCUCCUCCCGCCCCUUCAUUAAACCCGGCCAGCCCAGGGAAGCCAGCGGUGGACUUCAGUUCAAGUUGCUGCCUCACAAAGCCAAGCAGGGUGGCUCCGGGGUGCCAGGGGCCCCCGUGGUCCUGCUGAGCUCUCUGAACGUGGACGCGGUGUGUGAGUGCGUCAAGCAGAUAGACGGCAUGGACCCCAACAUGCUGUGUCAGUACACCACCACCAUCAAGAAGGCCAACGUGAAUGGGCGCGUUCUGUCCCAGUGUAACCUGGACGAGCUGAAGAAGGAGAUGGACAUGAACUUUGGGGACUGGCAGCUGUUCAGAGCCACGGUGAUGGACCUGCGUCAGGCUGAGAGCCAGGCCCUGCAGGAGGACUCUCGGGCGGGCAGCGAGCAGGGCAGCAGCCUGCUCCAUGGAGACCCAGGACCCAGGCGCUCCGGGGCCCCCCCCCACCACGACACGGGCUUCAGCCUCAACCUCAGCUUCGAGGAGCUCAGCACCGCCGGCCUGGAGGAGCCCCCCCGAAACACCAGCCACACACACUGGCCGGCGCCCGGCCACCGCACCUCCAGCAUGUCCAGUCUCAAUUCCCAGGAGUCGUCCAACGACAUCUGCAAGCUGACGGACAAGCACCAGGCUGAGUACCGUGACGCUUACCGGGAAUACGUGGCCCAGAUGGCCCAGCUGGAUCUGGCCGGCAGCGGGGGGGAGAGGCCUGUCCUGCCCCUCCCCGGACUGUUCCUCCAGAACCCAGCCCCCGACGACAAGGCAAAGGAAGGUGCUGACCAGGAGGGCCGUAAACCCUUCCCCAAGCGAGGAACCAAGCCCUCUGACACUCCAGACUUCCCCUGUGCAGCCGACGGCCUCCCCCUGGACCCCAUCAGCGAGGAGGACGAGAAGCUGGACCACAGCUCCUCUAAGCCAGGCUCCAAGGCCAAGGGGGCUGGGCCCCUCUACCAUAAGCUGCCCAGCGAUGAGGACUCUGGGCCAGAUGAGUCCUCUGACAGCACCCCUCUUCUCCACCAGGGCACACACACACCCUCCUCCACCACCAAGGCCCCAAGUCCCCUGGCCAAGGUAAGCCUGCUCCCCGACUUAGCCAUGGAUAAGAAGGACUCCUCCGACUCUGGGGUGCGCUCUGAGGAGAGCUCCUCGGUCCACUCCCUGGAAGAGGAUCUGCAGGAGGAAGCCGUGAAGCCCAGUCUGAUAGAGCUGGAGCUGGAGGGGCUGGUGAAGAAGCGCGGCCUGCUGCCCAGCAGCCUGAGUGGGCUCCAGGACCCAGCCGUGGCCCGCAUGUCCAUCUGCUCUGAGGCAGCCUCCGAGGCCAGCCUCAUGGCUAGCAGCCCCGACGAGACCUGGCCGGCCACGCCUGGGGGAGGCCUCACCAACCUGAACCGCACCCCCAGCAACACCACGCUCAACAACAACACCAACAACUCCACCACCACCAGUCAGCAGGCCAUCAUCCCAGACCAGGAGACGUCCACCACCUCCUCACCCCUCAACCCCUCGGUCAUCAUCACCUCAGGCUCCAGCACUGAUACCGUGGGCCUCCGCAACCAAAACCUGAGGGGCAUCAUUCUAAAGAGGGGCCUCGGCACGGAUGAGGCCCUGGGGGACGAAAGAGAGAGCGUCCUGUAAGGAAGGCAGGGAGUUCUACUUUGUAGGAUGGGGUUGAUGGGGUUGAUGAUGUUGGAUGUUGUGAAGUGUUUCUAAGUGUGGAUGUAGAGAAAUCGGUAGCAGUUACAUUGGUAGGACCCCCCCCCCCCCUUGUUGUUCCUGAAUGUUAAGAUUAUUAAAAAUGUAUCUGAAGUUGAUUAAGUGGAAGUAAGCUACUUUUAAACAAUUUAAUCAGAAAAAAGCAGUAAUGGUUGGUAUCAGAGAAAAUGUCCCUUCUUUUUCAGUCUGACAUGAAAAUGUUUAAUUUGGGGAUGAAGAAAUAAC